AUGGAUAACUCUGAAACAAAAGAAAUCUAAGAAAAAUAAUUUAUUUGCAUUGAUCCAAAGUGUGAUUAACCAAAUCGAUUAUUCAAAUCUAAAAAUGAGAAUCAUUCUCAUAAAUCUCAUGAUCAUCAAUUAUACUCUGAAUUCUAAAAACUAAUUCGUGCACAAUUUCCAUAAUAGAUUCGAGAAUAAAUAAAUCAAUAAUUUAGCAAGGAUGAAUUAAUCAAAGCAAUCUAAACUAGAUCAGUGUAAAUGCAUGAGUCUGUCAAAAAUUUUGAAGAAAAUCUAAUAAAAACUAUCGAAGCCUAUGAUAUUUUGGGGGCCGAUAAAGUUUCUAUUAAUCAAGCUUUAAGUCAAUUAAACGAACAAAAUCCUCCUUAACAACUUAAUAUUUAAGGGUUGAUUCAUGUACUCAAAUUCAAUAAAUUGGGUCCCUAAAAGGUUUUGGAAAAAUGGAAAAGAGAAGGCGAAAUCAUCCUAAAAGAACUUAGCACAUAAGCAGACGCAGCCUUAAAAACUUUAGGGAAUGUUACCAUUGCAAGUUAUAUGCACAUUCAACAUCUCCAAAGUCCUUUGAUUUUAUAAAAAAUGCACUUUGCUUGGAGUUAAAGCUAUAAGGCAAGUUCAGUUACAAUUAGAGAAGAGGCAGCCUAUGAGAAGGGAAAUUCCAUGGGAUUGGUGUGUAUCUAAUAGAUUUUGGAAAAGGAUCAAGUCCAGAGCAUUACUGUAGAUGUCAAAGAAAGAGCUGGAAAUCUAUACAUAGGAGUACUAGAUAUUAAUGAAAGAAAGUAAAGAGGUAGAAAGGCUUUCAGUUUUCAUGAUUGGAAUGAAUCAGGACAUGGCUUAUAUUUAAUCUAUCAUGGAGGAUAUGUUUUUAGUUCUAAUGAUCCAUCAAUAAAUACAAAGAAAGCAGGUUUUACAUUUGAUUAAAAUGAUAAGAUCAUCCUCACCUGGAAUGGUCCCGAGCAUUCUGUCACUAUUCUUAAAGUUGGAAGUAGUCAUCAAUUUACUUUUAAAGUUAAUCCUGAUGGACAAUACCAUUUUGCAGCAGGCUUGUUCAAAUGUGAAAUAAGAUUGCUUGAAUGA